AUCAUUCAGUCGACGCCAACAGUCGCGCAGACGUCUGCGCCCAGCGCUUACGCCUCGCGACAGUGUGUUACCACCUCCGCGAAAAGAAGAGAGAAAUAAACAAAAGACCAGUUUAUCACUAGCCUGUGCAACGCGAAUAAAUAUAUAAGUUCGUUGAAGAAAAAGGAAGAGGAGACUACUGUGCGAGAAAAGAUGAGCAAACUGCGAGACUUCCGCAUCGUAUUAGAGCGAGCCGGCGCCACUUAUUCGCCUGGAGAUACAGUCAAUGGCAAAGUUAUUCUGAUUCUUGCGGGUCCCAAAAACGUUCGUGAAGUAAGAUUAAAAGCCAAGGGCGAAGCCGAGGUUCACUGGACUGAGACACGCACCGUAAGGGACAGCGAUGGCAGAAGUCGCACGGUUACCGACCACUACAGGAAUUCGGAGAGUUAUUUCAACGUCUGCAUUGUUUUGGCUGGUCCUAGCCGUGGAGAAAGUUCAGUAGAGAUACCACCCGGUACACAUACCUAUCCCUUCAGUUUUCACAUACCCUCCAACGUUCCAUGUAGCUUCGAACACCACAUCGGACACGUCCGGUACAGUAUCAAAGCAGUAAUGGACAGACCUUGGAGAUUCGAUCACAAGGUCAUGUCCGCCUUUACCGUUAUCGCCGACUACAACUUGAAUGACAUUCCGAAUCUAAGCAGGGGAAUCAACGACGAGAUAAAUCGAGAAUUUAAUACCUGUCUCUGUUUCGGAAACGCUGGUACCCUUGAUGCUAUAGUCAAAAGCAGAGUCAGAGGCUUUGUUCCCGGAGAAAUAAUUCAACUGGAUGUUAGCUACGAUAACAGCUCGACUUCCGUCGACGUGGAGGAAAUGACGCUACACUUGUAUAAGCAUUUGUCGUUCCACGCAACGUCAAAAUCCAAGCAUAAAAAGGAGGACAUAAGAGAGAUGAGAGUAGGUGGUCCCUUCCCUAAAAAAGGCGAACAGAGCUUAACCGUGAGAGUACCGUCGGUGCCACCUUCGAAUUUGCAGAACUGCAGAAUCAUCGACAUUUCCUACCAACUGGUCUUCAAAAUUCAUACCUCGGGAUUCCACCGUAAAAUUAAGCGAUAUUACCCAGUAGAGAUUGGCACGAUACCGCUUAUCCAGCGGGGACCAAUCCAGACCCAGCCAUCGCUGGUUCCUUCGGCCCCAUCGAGCGACCAGGUCGCAGUCGAUACUCAACUACUGCCUCCGUAUCAGGAUCAAGCCGGAGCAUUACCGAUCGGCUUCGCGGACGCGAGCGCGCCACCUUACCCUGCUGAAAUGCCGCCGCCGUCCUACGAGGAAUGUAUAGGAGGAGGCAAACUCAUUGGAGAUCCUAACGAAAAGGGAAUAGUCGGAUCCAACAUGCAGUUUACACCAAAGUAUCCGGUCUAUAAUUUGCCGAUGCCUAUGCCUCAACCACCGAGAAACCCUUGAACCUACUUUAGAAAGGUUCCUUCACCGCGCACUUAUACAAAUUAAUUUUUGUAAUCGCCCCUAAAUGUUGCAAACCAUAAGAAAGUAACAAGCUCAAACUACUGUCAUGUGACUUAUAAUUUUCGAAUUAGAUUCGAAAAGGACUGAAGAGAGACUUUGAGCAUAUAGUAUGCUAGUUUUCCAUGUACUUAUCUGUGAUAACGACAAGACCGCAAGGGAAGACUUAUAUAAGAACCAUAUUCUGUGUAGAAAAAAUCGCUUCAGUGUGCGUAUAGCCAUUACGUAUAGAUUUUAUUUUACACAUGAACUGAUGUGAUCGUGAAUAACUGUACUUUCCUUUCUGACGAACAAAGAUGGAUUCAAAAAGCCAAACUUUUUAAUUCUACAAGUAACAUUCGCGAUCGAUAAAGCAUCGAAUAUUAUUGUACUCUUUAUUUUUUUUUAAAUAAAAGAAUUUCUUUUUUAACCGUCUCA